CAUUGGUCUACUAUGAGCGCUAAAGGGUCGCAAUAAAAUGAUCUCGCACACUCUUCGUUUUUUUCUGGAGACUUGUCCAUUGUCUCCUGGGCUACCGAUAACGCAGCUUCGGAAACCUAUGUGCGCGCUCCAGCGCCACCUUCGGCCCCAGAAAUCAAAAUUCUCUUUCGCAACCAGCUUUACCAAGCUUUACCAGUCGAGACUCCAGUCCACCCAAGCUGCUAGGAGCCAAUCCGCGGGUCUGCAGAGUCUAGCCAUGACAACCGGCCGCUCGAGAUCUCGGUCCUUGAUCCAUUCUCGGAUAACUCGGAAGGGGAUUUGCGGUGUUUUCUGGGGGUUUUCUUUCGAGAAGCGGCGGAGGCUGCGAAGUAAUUGCGUUGUGCUGCGUAUGCUGACGCAGUACAUAGUCAGAGCACAAACCUCAUGCAUUUACUCGAACAUAAUGCAUACGCCAAACAGCGUACUGGUGCGGCAAAGUUCGAUGAGAAUUAAAUACAUCUGCGACCUGCUACGACGUGCACGGCGACGGAACGGAUAAUGUCAAUAUCAUGAACUCAAUUGUCUUCCCCAGCCAUGCCUAUAAUCCCCGAUGUG